GCUCAGUCUCGACUGCACCGCGCCCCCGUGAUCAUCCCUGCUGAGGACACUAGAUCCCGGUGUCUUCAGCAAUAACACACCUACCCCGCUGAAAGAAGAUAUUGGGAUAAAACAGCCAGUUAAGCUAAUGUUUCUAACUUAAACAAAGGGGGAAGUCACCGGAAGAAAAGUGAACAAACAUCCGCUUGCUUUCGACUCGCGUGAAAUGUGCGGCUGUCACGCAACAGCUAGCAGAUGAAGUUAGAUAGCUAGCUAACGUGUAGGUGCUGAUAGUUAUGGCUUUAGCUUUGAAAAUCUUUUUUUUUUCCCUUUACGUUGUAGCUAGUUAAUCCUCGAUUAAUUGGACAUUUACAUUUUGGUGCAAGUGCGGUGACCAUUAUGCUAGUUGUCGUGCUACGUCUACUCAUCUAACACUAACAUAGCUAGCUAAGACUGGUGUUAUAUUGCCGUAUUUGUAUUCAUAAUUUGAUGUGUCGCUCUUCUUGUAGUAAAUUAGAUUUAAGCUGAGUCACAGGUUAAGCCGGCGUUGAUUUGAAGACACAAUUUAAGUAAGUUUAGCCAGGUUAACUGUCCUACCUGGUAACAGCUAAACAGAAAACGUCAAGUUAUUACAGAUAACAUCUAGUCUACAAGACAGUGUUUGCCUAUUAUCUAACCUCCCAAAUUUGCACGUGCUAAUCACAAGCCCCUUGUCAGCAAUUUCUAAAUCAUAUAGAUUACAGGAUCUUAUCAUCUGUAGCUGAAGAGGAAAGUGUCGCUCAGUCCAAGUUCAUAUUUUACCCUCAAGUAAACAUGGCUCCUAAAAAGAGACCAGUGCCCUUAAACAUUGCUCCUGCUAGUGAUGGAUUAUCCACCUCCACGAAUACAGAGAUUACAUCUGAGGCCAAUUUAGAAGCACUGAAGAAAAUACUGGCGGAGCUGGACCUGGAUGAACAACAAAAGAAAAGAUUAGAAGCUUUCCUUACCCAGAAGGCCAAGGUUGGCGAGCUGAAAGAUGAUGACUUCCAUCGUAUCUGCGAGCUGGGUGCAGGCAACGGAGGAGUGGUCAACAAGGAGUGCCACAAACCUUCAGGCAUAAUCAUGGCCAGAAAACUCAUACAUUUAGAAAUAAAACCUGCAAUAAGAAACCAGAUCAUCAGAGAGCUUCAGGUACUACACGAGUGUAAUUCUCCCUACAUUGUGGGUUUCUAUGGAGCUUUUUACAGCGAUGGAGAAAUCAGCAUCUGCAUGGAACACAUGGAUGGUGGCUCUCUGGACCAGGUGAUGAAAGAAGCAAAGCGGAUUCCUGAAGAGAUUCUGGGCAAAGUCAGCAUUGCUGUUUUGAGAGGCCUUGCCUACCUAAGAGAAAAACAUCAAAUCAUGCAUAGAGAUGUGAAACCCUCAAACAUCCUGGUAAACUCACGCGGGGAGAUCAAGCUGUGUGACUUUGGUGUGAGCGGGCAGCUCAUUGACUCAAUGGCCAAUUCCUUUGUUGGGACAAGAUCCUACAUGUCGCCUGAGAGAUUGCAGGGGACUCAUUACUCUGUGCAGUCUGAUGUGUGGAGUAUGGGCUUGUCCCUUGUAGAGCUGUCAGUUGGACGCUUUCCCAUCCCCCCUCCAGAUGCUAAGGAGCUGGAGGCCAUAUUUGGACGACCGAUCUUGGAUGAUACACAGGGACAGACCCACAGCACAUCCCCUAGACCCAGACCUCCGGGUAGACCUGUUAGUGGCCACGGUCCGGUAAUGGCUAUCUUUGAACUACUAGACUACAUUGUCAAUGAGCCACCGCCUAAACUACCCCAUGGAGUAUUCACCCCUGAUUUUCAAGAUUUUGUGACCAAGUGUCUCAUCAAAAAUCCAGCAGACAGGGCUGACUUAAAAAUGUUAAUGAACCACACGUUUAUCAAGCGGUCUGAAGCAGAGGAGGUGGAUUUCGCUGGGUGGCUUUGUAAAACAAUGGGACUGAACCAACCCAGCACUCCCACACGCACUGCAGAUUGAGCUAUGUAUAGUCACUCAGACAUUAUGUAAAAACAUGAAGACACUGCUGCCUAAAACUGUACAUUCAGAUAUACUGUACACACCUUGUGUGACACAUCCUCCCUCAGGUGGAUCCGUAAAAGCUUCAUCUUCAAAUCAGCUCUAUUGAUAUUUUAUCACAUAAUUCACAUCCCAGGAUAGAUACUUAAACAAUGCACACAAAUGAUUGUUGGAAGUGUUGACAGCAUAGAGUAUUAGAGAUUUAUUCCGUUCAGGAUUUUGACUCAUUAAGCCACAUAUCUGGGCCACUGCUGCACUAUUAUUAUUUUUUAUUUAUUUUUUUGCCCCCAGUAGCUUUCUGACAUACAGCAGAUCGUACACAUACUGUAUAGAAUUAUAAAAGACUUACUUGGAAAGGUUCAUAAAACAGAACAAAAGAAAUAACCAAUAUUUGUAAUUUCAUCCCCAGCCCCCCUAAAUCCAAUGUAGUUUUCCAGCUUUCUUGUCUGAAAUUUUCUGAAGUGCUCUGAGGCUUACGCUGUUUUCACACAUGCACUGGAAAAUGUUGAAAGAAUCCAGUGUGGAUACUCACCCAGUUGCUAUGUAUGGUCCCCCUUACAUGCGGCUCCGCUGGGUAAUGUCCAAUUAAGGGCUGCAGUGCAUGUUUGAAAACAGCAUUACAGUACAAGUAUGUCAAUCCCAGUUAUUACAAUCAUGGCUAGGCUUUGUGUGUCUACAGAAAAAUAUACUUAUGAGUUUCUUUAUAUGUCUGUUAUGCAAAUACACUGAGAAAUUUAAGGAUUAGCUUAUUUUACUGAACAGGUUGCGCGCAUCUGAGAUGUUUCUGAAGUUUCUUGCUUUUCUUAACAUGGCAGAUUUCUACAAAUUUUGAGAUGUCUUGAGGUGAAGCACAAUGUUUCAUGCUUUACAGCAUGACCCUCAUGUCAAAGCCAAAAAUAAUAAAAAAGUGUUUUUACAAACGUUAAAAAUA